GAGCGGAGGUCCCAAGUUGGGAGGCUGCGGUGCGGUGCGGGAUGGCCGGCAGGAGCCAGGACCGGAGCCUGCGGGAGGAGCUGACGUGUGCCAUCUGCUGCGAACUCUUCAGCGAGCCCGUCAUGCUGGACUGCAUGCACCAUUUCUGCAAGGCCUGCAUCCAGGGCUACUGGGAGAGCUGCACCCGCGUUCCCUCCUGCCCCCAGUGCCGCCGAGAGUUCCCCAGCCGGGCUUUCCGCACCCACUACCUGCUCUCGGGGCUGGUGGAGAAGGUGCGGCGCUGCGGAUCCACGGAGCACCGGCACAAGAUGCAGAAGCACCUGGAAGAUGCUUUGCAAGCUCGUCAGAAGGAGAUGGAGAACUUCUUGCGGAGGAAGCGUGCGACGCAGGAAGAGAUCUGUGGCCUGACGAAGGUGUCUGGGGAGCUGAACUUCAAGAUCCGGGCAGAGUUUGCCCGCCUUCAUCAGAUCUUGGAGGAAGAGGAGAGAGCUGUGCUGGCAGAGCUGGGUGAAAAGGAAGAGCAGUCGAUGGCACAGCUGCAUGGGGACGUCCACCGGUUGGAGGAGGGAAUGUCAGUGCUUCAGAGGGACAUAGAACGCAUAGAGCAGACCCUGAGCAAGAUGGAAGAAGUCUCGUUGCUGGAGGUGGAGAGCCUGGAUAUCAGGCCCUCGGUGCGCGUUGAGACCCAGCCUGCCUUCAACCUGGAGCACUACAGGGACAGCCGCAGCGGCCCCUUGCAGUACAUCUUCUGGAGACGGAUGCUGCAGUCCAUCUGCCCCGCUCCUGCCCCGCUCACCUUCGACCCUGAGUCAGCCCACCCCAACCUGGUCUUCUCCAGAGACCUGACAGCAGUGACAGAGAGGAAUCGAGCCCAGCCUGUCCCCAGUAGCCCUCGGCGCUUCCGUCAGUGUGUCAAUGUCCUGGGCUCACAGACCUUUGACAGUGGCCGGCACUACUGGGAGGUCUGGGUGGGCAGCAAAACCAAGUGGGACCUGGGGGUGGCCGCCGAGGCUGUGGACCGGGCGGCAAAGGUCAAGCUGUGCCCGGAGAACGGCUACUGGACGCUUCGCCUGCGGAACAGGACCGAGUACUGGGCCACCGCCACCCCCUGGGUGCGCCUGACUCCCCAACGCCCCCCCCGGAAAGUGGGGGUCUUCCUGGACUGCCAGGAGGGCACUGUCACCUUCUUCAAUGCCGGGGACAUGUCCCACCUCUUCACCUUCCACCAGGUCUCUGCGGAGAGAUACUGCCCCUUCUUCAGCACCUGCUUCAGCGACGGGGGGGCCAACAUGGAGCCCAUGCGCCUUUGCCACCUGGCCCUGUGAGGGACGAGGAGGAGCGGGGAGCUUCGGGGACACCAGCCUGGCUCCUUGUCUUUGCCGGCUGGCUGCCUGGGGCCAUGCUGGAGGCCAGUUUUGCACACACGGACCUGGUGGGUGUUGGAGGGGCUGUUUUGGAUUCAGUUUUGAGAGGAAGGAGAGGAGUAAGUCUCUUCUGAGCUCCUGUCUGCCCUCCCUUCUCUGUGCCAUGGGCUGCAGGUACCACGCUGCAUUCCCGGAGGUGCCUGGCACUCCUUGAAGAACAACCUUCCGUGCCUGAGCAUUGCACAGUUCAGUAACCACAGCCACAGGACUGCAGUGGAGGUGGCAGCAGGCUGCUUGCACCUCCUGUCCCUCCAUGCUCCAACCCGUAAACCCUGUGGAGGAGGGCACUGGUUCUGGAGCACCAUCAGGUGCCUCUUGACGCUCAGCUCUGUGUCCCAGUGAUGGGCUACCUCUGCCCAAAGAGCUUCUUGGGGAAGGGCUCCGGGCUGGCGGCAGAGGGAGCUCGGUGAACGGUGUGGGACCCAC